AUUUAUUUAGAUUUUAGGUUAGUUUUCUUAUAUUUAUUUACAUUUAUUUAGAUCUUUUCUAUCAAUUCAAAAUUCCACUUAUACGAUGUUUGCAAUCAUUCUUCAAACCAUUUUUACAUAACUUUACAGUGACACGCAGUGGUAUAAGCACGACAUCGGUGAAGAUGAGUAAAAGUAUUCCAGAUCGGUGGAUACCGUACAAGGCAUGUGGCAAAGUAAUAGAGGGAACAAGGAUUGUUUGCUUCAAGGUUCCUCUCAGGAAGGGUGUCCAGGAACACAAUAAGGCUAUAAAAGAAAUAUGGGACAUCAAAACGCUCCUGAAUAAAUUGCCAAAUUUGGGAGCUGUCGUGGACCUAACCAACACGGCGCGCUAUUAUAAUCCAGGGGAGCUGCGAGAAGCCGGCGUUAUGCACAAGAAAAUUUUAAUGCCUGGCAGAAUAAUACCGCCCGAGAACAAAGUGACACAAUUUAUGGAUACCAUUGACGAGUUCUUGGGAAAAGACUGCGACAUCCUGAUCGGCGUACACUGCACGCAUGGGCUCAAUAGGACAGGCUACAUGGUGUGUCGGUAUAUGCGCGAUCGUCUCGGGAUACAGGCCGACGAUGCCAUCAGCAGGUUUGAAAAGGCCAGAGGUUACAAGAUCGAACGUGAAAACUACGUAGCAGAUCUUAAGGGAAAAAAGGCGCCUCCUCCUGAUGUCGGCAAGCAAGAUACUAUGAUAAAACCGAUCAACGACCAUGACCAAGAGGAUGGCGUUUCCAAACCCAGACAUAACAAACGAUGGGGAUUUAAUAAUCGGUCUGAUUAUAACAAUCAGUCUGGGCGUAGUAAUUGGCGGAAACGUGACAAUCGGUCGGAUAAUGAUAAUGAUUCGGGAUAUGGCAAUCGAUGGGGUAAUGACAACCAGUCGAGGUAUGACAAUCGGUCAGGACAUGAUAAUGAAUCGGGAUAUACUAAUCGGUCGGGAUCUAGUAAUCGGUAUGACAAACGAUCUGUACAAUACAGAUCGCCUCUAGAUCAAUGUGACGAUAGUCAGCAUCAAGACGAAGAACAGUAUAAUGGUUUCAGAAAACGAUUUAAAUAUAACCCUUUCAAUCGUAAUCGAAAUGGAAACAACAGUAAUGAUAAUACCUCCGGUAGGAGUAGUAGCAAAUGGGAUAUGUCGGGGGCGUCUCAUAGACCUCGUUAAAUUAAGAUAUGUGUCAUUUUCAAUCAAAAAGGUACUUAUUGUCGGUUGUCAACAAGGCGCUAUUUCCAUAUCGCUUCUAUAUGAAAUAAGCCUUAUCGACAAUCGAUAAUGUGGUACCUUUUGGUUGAAAUCGUCACAUAUGUAUAAGCAAUAUAAAAGUUUGACGGUUAGAUGACAUCUUCGGUGUACAUAUUUUGACGCAAGGUUCUAUGGCCAGUCGUAAACAUACAACAAUGUCAAACAAACUGGCAAUAUAAUUUGUUCUAAAAUUGACAAUUUAAAUAAGUAAGUAAGGUAUACGGUCCAAACAAAAAGCAUAAUAAAUUUCCAUGUUUGUAUAAUUAGUUUAAUAAUCAGCUGCUGGACGGUAAUUUUUUUACAACAUUUAUAGAUGAUUUUUUAACAUGAGAGCACAUAGCUUAUCAAAUCUGUAGGUGCCCACAAUAUGACAAGGAGCGAAGUUUGCCUUUUUUAUUGAAUUUAAAUUGGCUUUUUAUAUGCACAUGUAAAUGUUUAUAUUGUACAUAUAUGUACCUAUCUGUUCGAUGAUGCUAGUAUAAAUUCUAAUGUUAAAUUUUAUAU